GUCAAUGCAGUGAAGAUGCUGAGGAUGACCGCCGGAGGUAUCGAGAAGAUGCAGAAGGGGGAGGGGGAGGAGAAAGUGAGGGAGGAGGAGGCGCCGGGAUCUAUCCUCUUAGAAGAAUCGGAAGAUCAAACCAACAACCCAGAUCAGCAAGAAGAAGAAUGUAUAGAGCGACAGGGGAGAAGUACACUAUUGCGACAACAAACAACGUCGGUUUGGGCGAGAUUAAAGAAGGUCGAAUGGUCAGCAGACGAGUUACAACUAAACCUGUUUCCAUCCCACCCGGCGAUAGCUUCGCAGGUUGAUUGCCUUGCCUGAUAUUGCAGGUCGAUCUUGCCUAUCUGGAUCGGCUGCGCCAUUAUUGUGUCACUUGUUCUGAUAUUUCUCAACGCUCGUGCGAGAUGAUUCUUUUGAUCUCUUGUAGUGGCGCAUGACAUGCUGGUCAAAAAUCCUGAGCGUGGGACAAGCAUUGACUGCCAUGCACACGAGUAAACUUGUUGGGUUGAGCGAGUAAACUUGUUGGGUUC